AUGCUGCUGACGCGGGUGAAGCAAGAGAUAAAGGAUUUGAGGGAUUCUGCUGCUGCAGCACGAGCAGCAUAUAAAGAAGAAAUAGAGAAAGCAGAAGAGAGAGCAGCAGCAGCAGAAAGAGCAGCAGCAGCACAACUAGCAGCAAAAGAUAAACAAUUAAAAUCACUGCAGCAAGCAGCAGCAGCAGACGAAACACAAGUUUCUUACAGCUUAAAAAGACAAGAAGAGCUAGAGAAACAAACAGCAAAACUACGAGCUCAGCUGCAGCAGCAGCAGGAGAGAGCAGCAGCAGAUGCUAGCAGCAGCAGCAGCAGAAUAGAAGAACUAGAGAUACAAAUACAAAAUAUACAAAAACAAAAAGAAAAAAAAGAAAAUGAAAAUAUACAUCUACGCUCAGCAGCAAAUAUCAUAAAAAAACAAAUCCUACAAACAGAAGAAAAAAUUAAAACUAUGCAGCUAGAACAACACAAAAUACAAGCUCAAUUAAAGGAGACAGAGAGAGAAGCAGCAGCAGCAGCAGCAAGAGCAGCAGAUGCAGCAGCAGAACGGGAUCAGCUGCAGCAGGAGCUGACAGCAGUUCGUGAUGCAGCAGCAGCAGCAGCAGCAGCAGAGCAGCAGCAAAAGGAAGAAUUAAAGAAAGCCCUAGAAGCAGAUGCAGCAGCAGCAGAAAGACAGCUAGCAAAGACAGCAGCAGAUUUACGUAUAGAAAAAACUAAAACAGCUCAGCAGCAGCUGCAACUGCAGCAGCAGCAGCAGCAGCUGCAGCAGCUCAAAGACACAGAAACUAAACUGCAGCAAAUAUCUCUACCCUUCACCCGCAUACGUUCUGCUUUUGCUGCUUUCUCGGGGCAGCUAGCUGUUGAUGGAGCUGAGCUAGCUGCUGCAGUGGGCCAGGCACUGAGGGAGUUCUCGCAAGCCAAACAAGAGCUACAGGCUCAAGAGGCAGCAUUGGGUUCGUUGCAGCUGCAGGUAGACGAGCUGCAGCGCCAAGGGGAAGCAGCAGCAGCAGCAGCAGCAGCAGCAGCAGCAGAACGAGACAGAGCAAAAGAAGAAAUACAAACCCUAAAGACAGCAGGAGAGCAGCAAACAGCAGAAUUGAGAAAGCUAGGGGACCAGCAUGCAACGUUGCUGCUGCAGCGGGAGAGAGAAGAGAAGCAGCACAGCAUGAAGCUGCAGCAGCUGCAGCAGCAAAAAGAAGAAAGCGAGCAGCAGCUUAAAAAAGCAGCAGCAGCAGCAGCAGCAGCAGCAGCAGAUAGACAGCAGCAACUGCAGCAGCAAAUCGAUACACUCAAUAAAAAAAUACUGCUGCUGCAGCAGCAGAACCAAGACACAGAGCAUGCGCUGCAGGAGGCACACAGAGAAGCAGAGAAUGCAGCAGCUGCAGCAGCAGAAGCAGCAGCUGCUGCUGCUGCUGCACUGCAGCAAAGGGAAGCAGCAUUGGAGGACCUGCAGCAGCAGCUGCAGCAGCAGCAAAGAGAACUUGCUGCUGCUCAUACACAAAUAAAAACAGAGACAGAAGCAGCAGCAGAAAGAGAUAAAAAGGCACGCAGAGAGCUGCAGCAGCUGCAGCAGGAGCUGCAGCAGCAAACGCAAGCAAAAGAAGCAGCAGCAACAAAGGUAACAAGACUGCAGCAGGAGGUAGAGCAGCAGCAGCAGCAGCAGCAGCAGCAAAAACAAAAACUAGAAACACAACUGAGAGAUACGCAGCAGCAAGUAGAAGACAUGGAGCAGCGAUUGAAGCAGCAGCAGCAGCAAAUGCAGCAGCAGCAGCAGCAGCAGCAGGAAGACAGAGAGAGAAAAGAGAAACAUAAUCAGCAGCAGCAGCAGCAACUGCAGCAGCAAAUAGAGGAACUGCAGCAACAAAUAAAAAAGCAGCAGCAGCAGCAGCAACGUGAAGCAGAAGAAUAUAAACAGCAGCUGCAGCAGCUGCAGCAGAACCUCGAGAGUGCAAAGAAAGCAGCAGCAGAGCAGCAGCAGCAGCAAGAGCAGCAGCGAAAGCAGCAGCAGCAGCAGCAGCAGCAGCAGCAGCAAGAGCAGCAGCAAAAAGAAGAAGCACAAAAGAAAGCCCUAGAAGCAGCUCUAUCCGAAGCAAAAAAAAAACAAGAGGAGUUGCAGCAGUUGCAGCAGCAGAUACAUGAACUGCAGCAGCAGCAGCAAGAGCUGCAGCAGCAGCAGCAGCAACAAAAAAAAGAAAUAGAAACAAAAAAUAAUAUGAUAGAAAACGCUAAACAAAAAUAUACUGAUCUAGCCAACAAACACAACGAAUUAGUAAAAAAGUUUAAUGCUGCUGUUUCCCUAGAGAAGGAGCAGCGCAGCAAGAGCGAGGAAGCAGCAGCAGCAGCAGCAGCUGCUGCUGCUAUUGCUGAUGAAAAACAGCAGCAGCAGCAGCAACUGCAGCAGCAAAUAGAAACACUCAAAAAAGAACUGCAGCACACAAAAGAAACAGCGAAAAAGGCAGAAGAGGCAAGACAAGCAGCAGAGAAUAAAGCAGCAGCAACUGCUGCUGCUGCUGCUGCUGCUGCUCCUGCUGCUGCUGCAGCACCUAAAACUGCUGCUGCUGCACCUCCAACCAAAGCAAGCGGAAAGGCAAAAGCUGCAGCACCAAAAGCAAAAGGAGCAGCUGCUGCUGCUCCUGCUGCUACUACAGUAGCAGCACCAGCAGCAGCAGCAGCAGAGCAGCAGCAGCAGCAGCAGCAGGCAGAGGAGACAAGCGGUGGUUUCUUCUCGUGGUUUGGGGGGGGAGGAGACACAGCAGCAGCAGCAGCAGCAGAAGAAGCAGCAGCAGCAGCAGCAGCAGAACAGCCUGCUGCAGCAGAAGCUGCUAGCAGCGGAUGGAGUCUCUGGUAG